AUUAAAAUUCAUUUACAUAUUUAAUUUAAGCCUUAAGUAGCUAGACGGAUGUUUAAAAAUGGUAAAGAAAAGUGUGAUAAUAGGCUUAAGUGUGGCAGCCACUGUAGUGGUUCUUACAGGAGUAGGAGUCCUUACGUGGUGGUUGGUUACUCGAGAUAAUGAGGUUGAGGAGCCAGAUGUAGACACGACGACCACGACCACGACAACCACGACAACGACAACCACAACUACCACUGAGGCAACCCCAGAACCUGACUUCAUUGUUGAUCAAUUGGAAGGUGAAGGAGGCUUUGGUGAUGCUCAAUAUACCGCAGCUUUUACUAAGAUACGGGAUGUUGGAGACAUAUUCUGGUGGUUCUAUCCAACAACUGCAGCCGGGGUUGGCACCGAGAAGCCGUUAAUCCUAUGGCUGGACGGUGUGACAGGCAUCCCUCCAAGCUUACUGGCCAAUUUAGGAAUGAUUGGCCCUUAUGACAUCAAUUCUAAUAAAAGAGAAAACUCUUGGGUUGAUCGAUACAAUUUGCUAUUCAUUGAUGCACCUUUGGGUACUGGUUUCAGUAUUCCUUUAAACAAUGAUCAAAUACCGACCAACGUUGAUGAAAAUGCUGAACACUUAGCAAUAACUUUGGAAUCUUUCUAUACCGUACAUGAGAGCUACAGAAAUGCUCCCUUGUACAUUCUCGGUCAAGCACAUGGAGCACAAUUAGCGUUAGCACUUGCAAUUAAACUACAUCAAAGUGAAGCUGCUUCAAACCUUCGUGGUGUAGUAUUAGGCAAUGGUAUAAUUUCGCCAGCCCUAGCUAUGACGAAACUUGGCUUUUACCUCGAAGAACUCGGUUACAUUGAUGGCAAUGGCCGCGCGGCUAUAGAAAGUUUAUCUCAAGAGACGACGGCAGCGGUAAACCUUGGAAAUUUGGGAAAUGCAUUUGAUAACUUCAUUUCUUUGGGCCAAUUUGUUAACGAUAAUGCUGGUGCCAUAGCUGUUAACCUUGGUCACAUCGUUGAGAAGUUAACUAGACAGUCUUCAGUUACGGAUUACUUCGGCCAGCGUCAAUACUUGAGAAGCGUAUUAAAAAACAUAGACUUUGAUAUAAUGGACAACGUGGUAGGUCCCGCUUUGGGUAUUCCAGCUACAGUAAAAUACGACUCAGGACGGGAAUACGUGAUUGAUGCGUUUAGGAGCACUUUCAUGACCCCAGCUACGGACAAAGUUGAAUACAUUCUUCAAAACACGGAACUCACCGUUUCUAUCUACAAUGGCAAUUUGGACGCUGUAUCAAACACACCAGGUCAAUUGGAAUGGGUUGACAACCUUCAAUGGCCCGGACAAGCUGAGUUCAAAGCUGGGCCCAGACGAACUUUGGUAGUUAAUAGAUUGGUUGAAGGUUACUUCCGGAAUUCAACCAGACUUCAAUUCUACUGGGUUAAUGCUGCUGGACAGUCAGCUCCACUGGACAACCCUGCUGCUAUGAGCAUUAUGCUGCCGAGAAUUUUACGAGUUUAGCUUUGUUAAUAAAUUAAUAUUUAUUCAUUAUACCAAUU